AAAUGAGAUGGUGUCAAGCAGCUGGACAGAGUGGUGCUACGGCCCAUGCACAUUGUGAGUUGCAUUUUAGGAUGUCCUACAAAGUGAAUUAUUCUCCUCUCCUGAAUGCAACACCACAGCCGAGCCGUAAACUGCGUGACGUAAUCGGCUCUAGAAUGAAAGGGCAAACUCUGCUCAGAGAGGCAGACGCUGCAGUGCUGUGCAGGUCAGAUCCACCCAAUUACAGGGUCCCAUCUUUGAAAGUUAUUUUGGAGCAGGACAGUGUAGAAGAAAACUUGGUGAUGGAGAAGCUGCUAAAGAAGUGCCGGAUCAGAAACCAGCUGGUCAGAGAGUGCAUGGCGGAAUUUCUCGGACUCUACGUCCUGAUUCUGUUUGGAUGCGGCUCUGCUGCCCAGGUGACCCUAUCUGAAGAAAAGAAUGGCCAUUACCUGUCGAUCAAUCUGGGCUUUGCUCUGGGAGUAACAUUUGGGAUCUUUGUCUCUCGUGGAGUCUCAGGUGCUCAUCUGAACCCUGCAGUUACUCUAAGCCUGUGUGUUUUGGGCAGACAUCCGUGGGUAAAACUACCUUUCUACAUCCUCUUCCAGGUGUUUGGAGCCUUUCUGGCUGCAGCCACGGUCGGGCUGCAGUACUAUGAUGCCAUUCAGACUUACAGCGGAGGUCAUCUAACUGUGACGGGUCCCACCGCCACAGCGGGUAUAUUUUCAACCUACCCAGCUGCCUACCUCAGUGUGUGGGGAGGAAUUAUGGACCAGGUGAUCGGCACCGCUGCCUUGCUGCUGUGUGUCCUGGCUAUUGGGGACCAGAGGAACACCUCUAUCCCUGACUGCCUUCAGCCCCUCCUGGCAGGAGCAGCAGUGAUGGUUAUUGGUGUCUCAAUGGGCUCAAACAGUGGAUACGCCCUCAACCCAGCCAGGGACUUUGGGCCUCGAUUGUUCACGUACAUUGCGGGCUGGGGGGUUGAUGUUUUCAAGGCUGGAGGAGGCUGGUGGUGGGUACCUAUUGUGGCACCAUGUGUUGGUGCUCUCCUGGGGACACUGAUCUAUGAGCUGCUGGUUGAAGUCCACCAUCCUCCCCUUGCAUUUGAGUCCCAGGCCUCGUGUCAGGAGGUCACAGAGAGCAAGACAGAGCUGGAGCUGGAUGGAGUGGAACCAGGCUGUAAAAAAGCCACUUAGUGGCAGAAUUGUGCUGCCUUUAAAGGAAGGAAACAGAGUAUACUGUUCACUUAAUUUAGUCACUAUAGCUGUCAGUUUUGCCAGCUGACUUUAUUGAAUAAGUUGACUUUGUUAAAAUCCAAUAGUACAACUUCAUCUUUGCAUUACUUGGUCAACUGCUGUUAGAUGGAUUCCUAUGAAUUAUGUGUAGAGUUGCAUGAAUGCUACUGUACUUUGAGCUAUCCAGUAAAAAAU